AUGGAAAGAUAUUACAAAUGUGUUGUACUGUUUUUGGGGUUGGUUAUAAUUCCACAAUCAUGCUUGUGUGCUAAUUCAAAUGUCCCUUGCAUACAACAAGAGGUACAAGCUCUUCUUGAUUUCAAAGCGUCCAUUGCACAACACUCAUCAAACAAACUUUCAUCGUGGAAAGGCUCUCACUGUUGCCAAUGGGAAGGCAUUGGCUGUGACAAUGUCACUGGACAUGUUGUCAAACUUGAUCUCAGAAAUCCUUGUUACCCACCAAAUUGGCGGCAACACUACCUUCAAUAUAUUCCCUGUUUGCAAGUAAUUGCUCCAAAUGUCAGCUCGUCUUUGCUACAAUUAGAACACUUGACUUAUUUGGACUUGACUGGAAAUGAUUUUGGUGAGAGUUUAAUUCCUAUGUUCAUCGGUUCCAUGGGACGCCUUGAGCACCUCUCUCUCUCAGACGCUGAACUUAGCGGAAACAUUCCCAACAGUUUCGGAAAUCUUAAAAGCCUACAAUUUCUUGAUAUCAGCUCUAAUGACAAUUUCAGUUACUCAUUUCAAAUAAGAGAAGACAUCAGUUGGAUAUCUAAACUUCAUUCACUCAAACACCUUGACUUGAGUUCUGUUCCCAUCAAUGACCCACACUACUUGUUUCAGGUACUCAAUUUACUUCCAUCCUUGUCGCAUCUUUCCUUGUAUGAUUGCCAACUUGACAAUUCACUCAUACCUCAUUAUGCUUUUCAAAACAUGACAAAUCUUGUCUAUCUAGAUCUCUCAUUUAAUAAUAUGCUUUCUGGUCCAAUUCCUGAGGUUUUUCAAAACAUGACUUCCAUUGAAUCACUCUAUCUUUCUCGAAACAAUAUCAAUUCUAUUCCAUUAUGGUUUAGUGAAUUAGACAAACUUACCCUUCUUGACCUUUCUGGCAAUGGGCUUCGUGGUCAAAUACCUUCUUAUGCUUUCACAAACUUGUCAUCACUUGUGCAUCUUGAUCUCUCCUAUAACCAACUUGAUUCAGUUUCGUCAUUGUCAUUUGGCAACCUAAAAAAGUUUGUGUAUCUUGAUCUUUCAUUCAAUGAGUUCUAUGGUCCAAUUCCUGAGGUUUUUCAAAACAUGACUUCCAUUGAAUCACUCCAUCUUUCUGGAAACCAUUUCACAUUAGUUCCAUCUUGGUUUUGCAACUUUCAAAAACUUACAUAUCUUGAUCUUUCUAUGAAUGGCAUCCAUGGUCCAAUUCCUGAAGGUCUUCGAAACUUGACUUCCAUUAAAGUCCUAGACCUUAGGGAUAAUAGUUUAACUUCAAUUCCAUCGUGGUUUGUUGAGUUGAAGAGACUUGUGUACCUAGAUCUUAGUUGGAAUCAAAUUACACUUAAAGAAUACUUUCUAUCAUCCAUCAUAAAUUCCAUGUGCCGCCUAAAAACAUUGAUUUUAUCAGGAAACCAGCUUUACACAGAAUCAAUGGAACACUUUGAAACAUCUAAAUGUACUAAAUAUGAUUUGGAGUACUUGGAAUUACGGCAUAAUGAUAUCAGUGGCCACCUGCCAACUUGGUUGGAGAAACUUGAAAAUCUAAAAUACCUUGAUUUUACCUCAAGUUUUCUCCAUGGACCUAUCCCUGUGUCAAUUGGAAAGUUGUCAAAGCUGCGUGAGCUAUCUCUAUCCGAUAAUACAUUUGAAGGGCUUAUUCCUGAAAGUAUAGGUCAACUUGUCUAUUUAACUAACUUAGAUCUUUCUUCUAAUAAGUUUGAUGGUUCAGUUCCUCAAAGCCUAUGGAGACUGACAAAUCUAGAGUUUCUUGAUCUUUCAAACAAUUCUUUUAAUGGGUUCAUUCCGGAAAGUAUUGGUCAACUUGGCUAUUUAACUCACUUAGAUCUUUCUUCCAAUAAGUUUGAUGGUUCAAUUCCUCAAAACCUAUGGAAACUGACAAAUCUAAAGUUUCUUGAUCUUUCAAACAAUUCUUUUAAUGGGGUCAUUCCAGAAAGUAUUGGUCAACUUGUCUUUUUAACUAAAUUAGAUCUUUCUUCAAAUAAGUUUCAUGGUUCAAUUCCUCAAAGUCUAUGGAAACUUGCAAAUUUAGAGUCUAUUGAUCUUUCAAACAAUUAUUUUAAUGGAAUCAUUUCUAUAAGUCUUUGUCAACUUGUCAAUUUGGAUUCUUUAGAUAUUUCUUCAAACAAGUUGGAUGGAAUGAUCUCUAUGGAAAAAGGAUGUCAUUUAAAGUUGCAGUAUUUGAAUCUCUCUCAUAAUCAAAUGACUGGUUCAAUACCAAAAAACAUUGGCCAUAUAAUGUUGUAUUUGGGAAAUUUGUUUCUAGGAAACAACCACAUAAAUGGUUCAAUCCCAAUCUCUAUGUGCCAAAUGCAACUUACCAAUCUUGAUCUUUCAAAGAAUAAUUUAUCUGGUGAAAUUCCGAAUUGUUGGGAGGAUAGCCAAGGGUUGUCAGAGAUAAAUUUGUCAUCAAACAAACUAACAGGAGAGUUCCCAAGCUCAUUUGGGAAUCUUCCCUUCCUGUUUUGGUUGCAUUUGAACAAUAAUAGUCUUCAAGGAGAGAUUCCAACAUCGUUUAGAAAUAUGAAGCGAUUGUUGCUUUUGGAUCUUGGUGAGAAUCAACUUUCUGGAAGUAUACCAUCAUCAUGGACAGAAAACACAUUUCCUUUAGUGCAAAUUAUUCGACUACGGCAUAACACGUUGAGUGGAAGCAUUCCUUCACAGUUAUGUCAACUCAAAUCACUAAAAAUUUUGGACCUCUCCAGAAACAAAUUACAAGGUUCGAUACCUCGAUGCAUAGGAAAUCUGGAAGGAAUGAAAUUUGAAAAAUCAAUAUCAUCAUCGAUUCACAUGCAGUCAUACAAGUUAACAUCAUUGCCUCCACUAGCACCUCCAGCACUGUCUCAAGUAUUUUCUGCAGAUGCUCCUUCUAUGGAGUGGCCCACUCAAGAUCUCACAGAAAGGAUGAAAGGAAUGGAACUUGAAUAUACCAAAAUCUUAAAACUUGUAGUCAACAUUGACUUGUCAGAAAAUAGAUUGGUUGGAUUUAUUCCUAAAGAAAUCGCAUGGCUUACAGGAUUGCAUGGCUUGAACUUAUCAAGAAAUCAAUUGAAAGGAGAGAUUCCUGGGUUAAUAGGAGAAAUGAAAUCACUAGAAUCAUUGGACAUGUCUCAUAACCAACUUUCUGGAAAAAUUCCCAAUACCAUGUCUGCUAUAACUUCAUUGAGUUUUUUAAACUUAUCUCACAAUAACUUCUCAGGACCAAUUCCUAAAGAUAAUCAGUUUUCAACUUUUAAUGACCCGUCUAUUUAUGCUUACAACCCAUACCUUUGUGGAUCUCCACUUCCAAACAUGUGCCCUGGUGAUGUUUUGCAUGGAGCUUCUGAAAGCAAAGGUAAUGAAGAUGAAGAUGGGAUAGAAAAAGUAUGGUUCUACUUUGUGAUAGCACUUGGCUUUGGGACUGGGUUAUGGGGAGUUAUUGGCACUUUGUGGUUCAAGAAGAAAUGGAGACAUUCUUACUUCAGAUGGGUGGAAGAUGUUGGUGAUGAUAUAUAUGUGACAGUUGUAAUAAAAGUGGCAAGGAUAAAGAAGAAGAUGAAGAGAAACCAUGCACGAACAUGAGUAGCUCUAUGUUUAUGUUUCUUGUUCACUUAUUUCUUUUUACUGAAUGUUUCAUUUCAUAUUAGCAUAAGGUUAAUGCCACACUUUGUAUUUGCUUUUCUUCUGAGUUAAUUUUAUCUUUAUGAUUGAAAAAAGUAUGUGUCAUUAAGUUUGUCUUUUGUUGUCUCCAUCUCA